GCGCCCCACCGGGCCAUGUCGUCCUGCAGCCGCGUGGCGGUGGUGACCGGCGCCAACAAGGGCAUCGGCUUCGCCAUCACGCGCGACCUGUGCCGCCAGUUCCCCGGGGACGUGGUACUCACGGCGCGGGACGCGGUGCGGGGCCAGGCGGCUGUGCAGCAGCUGCAGGCCGAGGGCCUGAGCCCGCGCUUCCACCAGCUGGACGUCAACGACCUGCAGAGUAUCCGCGCCCUGCGCGACUUCCUGCGCAGGGAGUACGGGGGCCUCGACGUGCUGGUCAACAACGUGGGCAUCUUCCACGCAAAUUUAGCCAUCAGCAUUCUGGUGCAUUCCUUUCUACAUAAUGAUCUGUGGUGUAUUUUAGGCAGAGUGGUGAAUGUGUCUAGCAAGGAGAGUCUCAAAGCCCUUAAAAACUGCAGCCCAGAGCUGCAGCAGAAGUUCCGCAGUGAGACCAUCACAGAGGAGGACCUGGUGGAGCUCAUGAACGAGUUUGUGGAAGAUACCAAGAAGGAAGUGCAUGAGAAAGAGGGCUGGAACAGGACCGCAUAUGGAGUUUCAAAGAUUGGUGUCACAGUCCUGUCGAGAAUCCAGGCCAGGAACCUGAGUGAACAGAGGAAAGGAGACAAAAUUCUCCUGAAUGCCUGCUGCCCAGGCUGGGUUAGAACCGACAUGGGGGGACCAGAGGCCCCUAAAAGUCUAGAAGAAGGAGCAGAGACCCCGGUGUACUUGGCCCUUUUGCCCCCAGAUGCUGAGGGGCCUCAUGGACAGUUCAUAAUGGAGAAGAAAGUUCAGCACUGGUGAGCUGGACUCACA